CUUCCGUAGCGGGUUAUCAAUCAGCGAUUCAUUAUAAAUCUCUUGUUCAUUUGAAAAUAUCUAUAGCAAUAAACAGCUCUUUAACAGAAAUGUGUGUUUCACUAUAGAAGAAAAAAUAAUGUCAGCAAAUACUGUUACAAAUUGCGUAGAAUAUUGAUACGAAAUUUAUUUGAUAGGAUUUUAAUAUGAAGGCACAAUAGGCAAUUAACUGCAGUUUAUUUGAUUGCAUGUAAUUACUUCAUACGUGAUUAGAAAUGAAAAAAUAUAAUGAUAAGAUACACACAAGUUAAAGCUAUAGUCGGUUGACCCAGAUCACCGAUGAUCUAACACUGUUUAUACGUGGAGAAAAGCUGUAUACAUGUAAACAAGUUUAUGUACAUUGUAUAGGUUUAACAAAAACGACAAGUGAACAAAAUGUCGACAGAGGAAAAGAAACCGGUUCUUAUACCAAUGGAUGGAAGUGAACAUGCGGAUUAUGCGUUUAAUUGGUAUAUGGAGCAUUUACACAAACCAGACCAUUACGUAGUAUUGUUACAUGUGCCAGAACGACAUACUUUCAUGGCAGGACCUCUUGGGGGAACAACUGAUGUGGAGUCUAUCCAGCUUAUGAUACAAGAAGAAGAAGCCAAGGAAAAAGCUUUUCUAGAGAAACUCGCUCAAAAGCUCAAAGAUGGUGGUAUUGGAGGCAAGGUGAAAAGUGUAGCGGGAAAACCUGGCGAAGUAAUAUGUACAGUGGCGGAAGACGAGCAUGCUUUUUUUAUCAUCUGCGGGUCACGUGGAAAAGGCACCUUCCGUCGGACGUUUCUAGGAAGCAUAAGUGACUACGUUCUGCAUCAUUCCCACAUUCCUGUUUUCAUUUGUAAACAUAAGGACUUGUGCAAAGAACAUGUAUCAUCACCAUCUCUGAAAGAAAAAUUCAUGAAUUCGCCUCUGUUCAGACGAAAGGAUAAGGAAUCGCCGAAGAAUUCCCCUAAAGGUGGAAGAAAGAAGACUGACUCCGAGUCGGCAGAAUAAUUUAUUCGCAAGACAUUUAACUUUUUUUUUUAUUUUAUUGUCACAUUUUAUACAGUCCCCUAUAUUUGUCAAUUUCCGUGCAAUAUCUAUACAUGGCGUAUAUAAACCGGAAUUUCGAUCUCUUGUUUUUUUGUCAAAAUCUGUCAUUUUAUGCUACUAAUGAAAAUGAUAGUAGUUUUGAAUUUCGAUACUGAUCCACAACGACAUUCAGAGGUAUUGAAAUCCACAGGCAUAUUAUGUAUUUCAUAUCAUUUGAUAUCUUUAACUGUUUGUGUAAAGUGUUUUACGGUGUACAUCUAAUUCAUUGACUUCUACCGGAAGUCUUCUUUAAAAUAAAGUUUUGAUUAAAUAUUUA